AUGCUAGGUCUUGCUGCUACCGGCGUGUCGUCGUCGCUUCCUCCGGGAAUAUCGUCUCGUCAUAAAUCUGACGUGUCAUGCGGAUCUCCGCUUCAGUCUGACGUGUCGAAAGCAUCAUCAUCCGUUUCACCGAGCGUUACCCUUUCUGGCGAUACGAUCAGCGAUGGACGCAUCUCGCCAGACGUCGCGAAGGUGCUGCGCCACGAUUCGCGCGCCUCCGCCGCCGCCGCCGCCGCUUCCGCUGCUGCUGCCGCCGCCGUCGCUGCCGCAGCAGCAGAUGAUGUAGCAACCGCUACGCAGGACGCUUUAGAAGCUGGGGCGUCCUCCGCGAUUGGCGCCGGGAGCGGCGCGUCCGAGGGGAAACGAUCAAGCGCGCAGACGAGCGCGCAAGCCGCGGCAGUGGAUCAGCUACUAACGGGGCCGCCCAGGCGAAUAGUACCUAUAGUGCCGGACGACCAUAAGAGCGGCUACGUGGCGCUGAUAGGCCAGCCCAACGCGGGGAAGAGCACGCUGCUGAACCGCCUCAUCGGGCAGAAGCUGUCGAUCGUCACUCAGAAGCCGCAGACCACCCGCCACCGCAUCCUGGGGCUCGUCUCUGCGCCUGCGUACCAGAUCAUUCUGUACGACACGCCUGGGGUGCUCUCCAAGUCAAUGCACAAGCUGGACGACCUCAUGAUGCAGGCAGUGCGCACUGCUACAGUCAACGCCGACGCGGUUGUCCUCGUUAUAGACAUCACCCAGGCGCCUCAAGAGGUAUCGAAGCUGCUACUAGAGGGGAUGGAGAGUGCAGUGGUGCAGAAGAAGCCGACUCUCAUCGUGCUGAACAAGAAGGACUCUCUCAAGCCGGGGGAAGUUGCCAAGAAGCUCAAGUGGUACCAAGAUGCAGUGGCAGCGGAUGGGCACUCGGUGAUUGCGCUGAGCGCCAAGAGGGGCGACGGGGUGGAUGGGCUGCUGGCAUGGAUGCUGGACAACAUUCCACAAGGCCCCGCUUACUACCCCAAGGACGUGGUGAGCGAGCUGCCAGAGCGGUUCUUUGUGGCUGAGAUAGUGAGGGAGAAAAUUCUGCUGCAGUACUCGCAGGAAGUGCCGUACGCCUCCCAGGUGACAGUGAGAGCGUUCAGGGAGAGGGAGAAGGCCAAGGACUACAUCAGCCUUGACAUCAUGGUUGAGCGGGACAGCCAGAAGGCCAUCCUGCUGGGGAAGGAGGGCAAGCAGCUGAAGGCACUGGCAACGGCAUCUCGGAUGGACAUUGAGGAGUUUCUGGGGCGAGAGGUGUUCCUAGAGAUCCGAGUGAAGGUGAAGGAGAAGUGGAGGCAGGACGAGACGCUGUUGAAGGAGUAUGGACUGGACGUGCGCAAGAGAGGCUCCUGGUACUGA